AUGGAGGACCUCAUGAGGGCCAGUGUCGGAGCAGGGUCUGAGGGUCGUGGUCUGUGGGCGAAGCAGACGAUUGCAGCAGGCGACGAGAUUGCCAGAAUACCAACCGACCUCCUCCUGUCGAAGGAGUCUGCGCUUCGGGCACUGGGCUCCGACAUCAUCUCCAAGGACAUGGGGGAGUACACCGCCAUUGCCUUGCAACUCAUCCAUGAGCGAUACGUUCUGCAAGCCACGUCCUUCUGGCACCCUUACUUGGACCUUCUGCCGGACACGGCAGAGAUUGGAGCCUCCUUCACUUGGUCCGAAGAAGACCUGCAGCUGCUGUCAGGCAGCCUAAUUCAGAACAUUUCCAGCUUUCUGCGGGAGAGGAUCCAGGACGAGUACCGCGAGCUUUGCGAGACCCUGGCCAAGGAUCCUGUCACCUUCCCUCUCGACGUUUUUACUUUGCCACGCUACAUCUGGGCUUAUGCCGUGCUCCUAAGCCGGUCCUUCCGAUUGCGAUUUGGUCGGAAGAGCGAGAUCAUCGCAUUGGUGCCUUUCGUCGACUUCAUCAACCAUGAUCCCGACUCGAAAGCCUAUGUCGCGGGCGUCACGGAAGCGGGUGGGUGGGGGAAGGAAGCGGCCGGCCGUUAUGUGCUGUUGAAGACAGAUCGGCAGUAUGAAGCGCAGGAGCAGGUGUUUGACUCCUAUGGAAAGAGGUCGAACGACGAGCUGUUGCUGCUGUAUGGCUUUUCGCUGGAAAAGAACGUCCACAACUUCGUGGAGAUCUCCCUGGCGCAACUUUGGGAUUCCACAGAGCUGGCGGAGCCCAAGAGGGCCUGGCUUGCAGAGCGUGGCAUUGACCAGGAUGAGAUGCAGAGCAUUUGCUUGUUUCGUGGUCGAUGGCCAACUGAGAUGAUGCUUCUCCUGCGGCUCUUGAUGCUCACGACGGAGGAGAUAGGUGUGCGACGCGAAGACGCGGUGCAGCGCACGCUCAGUGAGCUCGACCUCGCCACUCCGGUGAACCCGGACGUGGAGAAGCGAGCACUCCAAGAGCUGGGAAGGCUCUGCAGCGAGGUGCUAUCGAGAUGCCCUGAGCACCUUCGCAGAAGGGACGCGGAGCUGCUUCGAGACCGAGCAUCGUUGACAGCCCUGCCGAGGAAGGAGCAGUAUGCUGCGAGCGCGCGCCAUGGUGAGGUCGAUGUACUCGAGACCAACAUCCGCCGCGUGAAGCGACUGCUGUGCCAUGUUCCUUUCGUCUUCCGGCGGAGGGAUGCCAGGAAGCAGCAAGUGUUGCCUGGCUUCUCCGCAGAUGCCGUGCCCCGGGACUUCGAUGUUUUCCUCAAGGAGUUUGAGAUGGACUAG